AUGCCGCCCUUUGCGCCCUCCCCGACAGCGCCUGAUGCGCCCACUCUCGUGCAGCGCCAGACCGAGGCCACCGUCACCGUCUUCGCAGACGGCCCCUCGGGCAACGGGCACUACCUCACCGGCGGCGCCAUAGCGGGCAUCGUCCUCGGCACCAUUGCCGGCACGCUCAUCCUCCUCUGGCUCAUCAAGUCGUGCAUCAACUUCAACAAACCCCUGGGGGAGCCCGUCGAAAAGGUCCGCUACGAGCCGCCCAGCCACCACCACCACCACGGUCACCACCGUCGCAGCAGAAGCUCGAGGCGGAGGAGCAGCAGGAGGCCAAGCAGGGCGUCGGUGGAGGAUGAUGAGCUCAAGUGUCCAUCUGCUGUCCACAGCAUCAGCACUAGCAACAAUGGCAAACGCGUCUCGCCCAGCGUGGCGGCAAAAUCCGUCGACGAUGAUUCUUCACCAGCUAUUCCCUUGCUAUGGAAGCCUUUGGCAGUAAACGGUCCAUUGCCGAACGCCGAGUCUCAUCCGCCCCAGUUCCCAUUACGCGAUGCGAACCCUCAGAAACCUCCCGACUGGCUCGUCGACAUGGACACCAAACCCCAUUCAGCCCGGCUACAAUUUCCGUGGCCCAGCAUGACGUGCGGAUCUUCCCCAGUGCGACGUCUCGUCUUUGCUUUCAAAUACCAACAUGCGCGCAUCUCCGCGGGUCCUCGAGGAGACCUGCUAUCCUCCUCGUUUGCGCCCGCUGUCCUGCGACUGCACCUCGAUAGCGACGCCACGAGCCAAUCCCACCAGGCGAGGAUGAUCUGCAAAGCCUAG